CAGCUUUGAGUUUGAGCAGGAAUGUCUUAACGUGGUUUGGAGUUAGUCGUGAGAAGAGAGCCCCGAAAAUGGAGCGCGUUUUUUCCGCUCCAGACCUUCGCCUAGCGCCGUCAACAGGUGUCAGAUCGCAGGGAGGGCCAAAUGAGUGGAGGCGGAGGCACUACCACUCUUCGGCCAACAUGGCGUCCGCGGCGGUGCCUGGACUCGACGGGGUGGAUUUUCCGGAGGAGCUUCGCUGCCCGGUGUGUUUGGACGUCUUCUCGGAGCCUCUGUUCCUCCCCUGCUGUCACAACCUGUGUAGGGAGUGCGUCCGGGGUCUGAUCGAGUCCCGUGGAGGCACGGCCUACGGCGUCCACAUGUUCCCGUGCCCGGAGUGCCGCUACGAUGUCGUCGUUCGCUCCGUGGACUCUCUCCAGCGCAACCUCGUACUCCAGCAAAUGGUGGAUCGGUGUAAGCAAGGGACGCUAGCCGCACAGUCCUCGGGGGCAAACGCGAGGGGCCCCGAAGCGCCGACCUGCCAGGACCACGCCGACGAAGCGCUGGAGUUGAAGAUGUUUUGCGACCCCUGCGAGAGGCCUGUCUGCUACAAGUGCAUGGCGUAUGACCACAAGAACCACACCCUCCUGCAACUGGAAGACGCCUGGUCAAGACGAAAGGACGCAUUCUUAAGGAACAUCGAGAUGUUGAGAACAAAGACGGAGAGUGUGGAGAACUUUGUGGAGAAGUUACGGGUCAUCAGUGAAAGGGUAGAGACAAACGCAUCGCAGCGGAAGCACAUGGUGACGGAGGGUUGCGAUGCGCUCAUCUCCGUCAUCCAGCAGCGGAAGAAGGCCCUGCUGGACGAAAUCUCGCGAGAGGAGGACGAGAGGCGGGAAAGUCUGGACCAGCAGAUGACCAGCUGUACCCAGGAGCUGGACAAGGUCAAGGAAGUCUUAGACACAGCUCAGGAACUACUUGAGAAAGGAGCCCCAGCAAAAUGUCUUCAGACUGCAAAGACACUUAAGGACCGAGUGAGAGGUCACGCCAUGGACCAGUUGUCGCUGUACCCCGUCACCAGUGAGCACCUGACGCCGCUGGACUUUGACGUGUCCCAGUACAUCGACUCGCUCAUCAGACUCGACUUCCAGAGAGGUAGUCCGGAGCCGGAAGUUGUGGAGGAAGAAAGUCAGCGCCAGUCGUUAGCGCAGAGGCUGCCGGGAUUCUUCAAGCGGAAGAGUAGAAAAGGUGUGGGGACGCAGUUUGAGUUGGACCCGAAGACGGCGCACAAGUACAUCCGACUGUCGAACAACAACAGCACGAUGAGUUACGACCCCGACAGUCUCCCGACUCGCCGCACGUUCGACACGCCCAACCGCUUCAGUAAACACACCAUCGCCGUGGGGGACGUCAGCGUGUCCAGUGGGAUUCACUACUGGGAGGUGGACGUGUCUCGGAGCAUCUUCUACCGGGUGGGCGUGGCGUCCGACAAGUUCCCGCGAGAUCACGCGCUGGGCGAGAAUGAGACUUCGUGGUGCGUGGACCGGUACCUGCACGAGUACUCCGCGCUGCAUGCCGGGACGGUGGUGCAGCUCUCUCUGCCUCCGGUACAGAACAGAGUGGGCGUGUUGCUGAACUACACCGGCGGCACCCUGUCCUUCUACAACCCGAUGAAAAAGGAGCACAUCUACACCUUCCACGCGAAGUUCCAGGACCCGGUCCGCCCGGCAUUCGACGUCGGGAAGGGGGAAGUGACGGUGUACACAGGGCUGGCGUUACCAACCUACGUCUGCAAGGGGAGCUAGAAGUAGAAUAUUGGGGGGCCUGCAGUAGCCUGUACCAGGCUUCGGGAGGCGGCUGGAAAGAGUAGAAAUCGACCAAAUAGAGAGAUACGUAGCAUGCCGAGGGAGUUGGUCUGCUGGAGAGAACAGUGUGCUGCACUCCUCUGGCAUGCUAUCUCUCUAGGAAGGGAGAAGUAACGGUGUACACUGGGCUCGCGCUACCAACCUACGUCUGCAAAGGAAGCUAGAAUGGACGAUCGGCUAAAGACUUUAAUUUCACAUGGCUAUAGGUUUAAAUAUAAGAAUAAUUUGAAGUAUUAUCAAAGCGUCAUCCUUGGAGUUGUAAGUGGAUAUGUAAGAAUGUAGAGAAACGUUUCACGCAUUAGACUUUCAUUGAUAUAUAU